GUACAAAGUCCUUCCCAAGCCAGAAAUGGCAGAAAGUGGAGAUCAGGUGAGAGUAACAUUGUAUCCAGUGUUUCCAUAGCUCACACAGAGAGUGCACACAUCUUAUUAUUAUUAUUAUUAUUAUUAUUAUUAUUAUUAUUAUUCUAAUCAGUAACAUUGUAUCCACUGUUUCCAUAGCUCACAUAGAGAGUGCACACAUCUUAUUAUUAUUAUUAUUAUUAUUCUAAUCAGUAACAUUGUAUCCAGUGUUUCCAUAGCUCACACAGAGAGUGCAUGCACAUUGUUGUUAUUAUUAUUAUUAUUAUUAUUAUUAUUAUACAAAUCAGAAACAGUUGCCCUGCAGGCCUUCUCUCUCUCUCCUUUUAUCUGCCAAGGGACAUUUGGAUAUUUAAAACAUAAUUUUCUGGCCGUACAAAAUUAUCAAAAUUAUCCUGCUAUAUUUGUUCAAACAUUUAAUUAAGUCAUUCCUAAUGUGAUGGCUGGAACUGAUUCUCUUUGGUGUGAUGUUAGCUGGUAUUGAUGAUGUUGCUACUCGCAGUGUGUGUGUGUGUGUGAGAGAGGACUGCAGUGUGUGUGUGUGAGAGAGGGCUGCAGUGUGUGUGUGUGUGUGAGAGAGGACUGCAGUGUGUAUGUGUGUGAGAGAGGGCUGCAGUGUGUGUGUGUGUGAGAGAGAGGGGUGCAGUGUGCAAUUGAGGGCUGUGUGUUUGUGUGAGGGGUUAUGUGUGUGUUUGAGGUGGUGCAGUGUGUUUGUGUGAGGGUUCUGUGUGUGGGGGGUGCAGUGUGUUUGUGUAAGGGGUUCUGUGUGUGUGGGGGAUGCAGUGUGUUUGUGUGAGGGUUCUGUGUGUGGGGGUGGGGUUCAGUGUGUUUGUGUGAGGGGGAUAUAGGGUAUUUGUGUGUGAGGGGUGCAGUAUGUGUGUGAGGUAGUGUAGCGUGUGUCAGGGGUCUAUAUUGUGGUUGGCCGGGAUCAGGGAUAAAAUCUGUAGCGGCCCUGGGUAACCCGGCUGGUUAUUCCCUUUAUUAAUAAUAGGUCAGACCCAUUUCCCCCAGUAACUGGAUGACCCACAGUUCCAGGGUACAACCUUUGACUGUCUUUAUUUGGGCACACAGCUUUUUAUACACAGACUCCAUCCAACACAACACAAUCCUAGGCAGAAGGGGGCUGGGCUGCAUAUAACCAUCUCCCGCUCUGGAAGACACCAACAGGACACAGGGACACACAUAAAAACACAUUACAUACAGGGAAGCGAAGUUUGAGGCUCAGUGCCUCGGGACAGGAAGGGGUUACAGGGUUGAAACUUACAUUGAUAACUUAUUAAAGAGCCCAAGAUAGCAGCCUUCAAAGUCGGGGGCUCGAGGCUCUGUACAUCCCUGAAAGUAGAUCCAUGGAGUUGCUUGGUUUAGCCAGGCGAAUUCAAACUUUGCGCCAAGCAACAGCCAAUUGGCUGAAAGGGCGCAAACCAAAUCGCGCCAAUCAGCGCUCGGGAGAGGAAGGAGUUUCGCUACCCAAUCCGAAGAAAGAGUGCAAAACUCAGUUGCGCCCAUCGGCGUUUGGGGAGGAGAGGGAUUUCGCGGGCCAAUCAGACGAAAGGGUGCGAAACCUUAUUGCACCAAUCCGCUGAAAGGCGCAAAAGAAAUUCGUGCCUAUCAGCACCUAUGGACUAGAGGGCUUCGCUUACCAAGCAGCGCUUACUCAUGCCGACCAACCAGGAGAAUGGCGCGAAUGCAGUUUGAAUGGGUGCUCCUUCUCUUAUUGGUUAGCACGGACUUCCACGUGGCCAACGGGACCCUGCAACUGUAAGACCAACUCACAGCUCCAGAGAUUCCCUACUGGUGCACGUCCCUCUUUCCAGUGGAUACCCCAUGCAGGUAUCCACCUGAGAGAGUGUUCUCCUCGGCAUCCACGAGUCUAGCCUCGUAGCUGCCAGGUAGGGGAGGUAAAAGUGACUAUUGGGAUCGAAAACCGUGCCAAAAAAAAGGCCAGUUUGGGAGAUGAAUGCUCCCCCUGGCGGCCACCCAGGGGAAGCACGCGCCGCUUGUUCCCUUGAGGCCUGCAGUCUGUGGUUUUCACACCUUGUUAGCGAGGUUUGAACAUUCUAAGUAAACUUUCUAAAUGGAGUAUCGGGGUGGUCCGGGCACAGAACUCUGUGCGCCAGAGCGCCCCUGUGUGGUUAAAAGGUACUUUGCAUGAUUUAAGGUCAUAAUUACAGAAAGGGGUAACAUUACAAAGGAGGGGCACACAUUCCAGAAGGGCACAUCCACACACAAGGAAAGGGCAAUUCACAGUUAGACAGCGGUCCUGCCACAAAAUCUCUAUUUUUUUAAAUUAAAAAGAUGGCAAAAAAAUUUAUGUGCCUCCCCCCCCCCUCCUUCUUACCUCUUCCUCUUUCCUGGAAGGAGAGGACAUAUCACUGCAAUCUCUGGUGGUCCAGUGGUUUCACGUGCACCUUAGCCUGCAGUGUCUCCGAAUUUAAUGUCCGUGUCUCCGAAGAAGACCACCAGAUCUUUAUCUCUUUCCCCAAUUUACACCCAAUCUUUCCUUCGUGUAUCUUGAAUGUCAUCAAAUUUACUUUAAAUUAAAGGGAGACUCCAAUGCCCAAAAUACAAAAUAAAUAAAUCACUGUUUAGAAAAUAUAUGAAGACAUGCAUGCAUUUAAUUACCGUAUGUAUUCUUUCAUUGGAGUUAUAUCUAGAAACGCUUACAAAACCUGCAGUUCUUCUGUCUGCAGCCUUUGCAAGCUCUCCCCUUCCAACCCCUGCCAAACUUUCUGUAUCUGUCCAGUCACAGGCUCCCAAUGCAGCUCAAUGAGAAGUCUUUGCAAGGCAGGUGCUCUGGGCCAUUUCUGCCUCUUGAGUUUAUCUCAACUGAGCUAACCAAACCAGGAAGUAACCAGACCAGGUGUUUGGAGGUGCAACAAGGUCAAUAUUUAAAAGCGUCUGUUGAAAUCUGCAUUUUUUGUAAAAUACAAAUCUUUUAUAAUAUCUAGAAUUGGAACUGGUAUUGACAAUGCCAUACAAAUGUCCCUAAUUAAUAUGAAGUGAUCUCUCUCGUUUCAGAUUGUUUCUCUGAGGGGUAAAGUGUGUUUAGUGACGGGAGCCAGCUCAGGGAUUGGAGCCGGAACUGCACUGCUAUUUGCACGUCUAGGGGCCCGUCUGGCCCUAAAUGGGAGGAAUGAGGAAAAGCUGAAGGAAACGGCAAAUGCCUGUGAGCAGCUCAGCGAGCAGAAGGUUUGACGCCUAAACUCCCCUUCUGUCCUGAAUCUUUGACUUAAUAAUAAUAUUAAUCUGUGACUUAAUAAUAAUAAUAAUAAUAUUAAUCUGUGACUUAAUAAUAAUAAUAUUAAUAUGUGACUUAAUAAUAAUAAUAGUAAUAAUAAUAAUAAUAAUAAUAUUAAUAUGUGACUUAAUAAUAAUAAUAAUAAUAAUAAUAAUAAUAUGAAAUACUACUACUACUACUACUACUAAUAAUAAUAAUUAAUAAUCUGUAACUUAAUAAUAAUAAUAAUAAUAAUAAUGUGACUUAAUAAAAGUAAUAAUCAGUGACUUAAUAAUAAUAUUAAUAAUAUGUGACUUAAUAAUAUUAAUAACCCAUGACAUAAUAAUAUGAAAUACUACUACUACUACUAAUAAUUAUAGUAAUUAAUAAUCUGUAACGUAAUAAUUAUAAUAAUAAUAAUAAUAAUAAUAAUAUGUGACUUAAUAAUAGUAUAAUUCAUGGGUUUAUAAAAUUGAAGUCUUAUGGCAAUUAAUUUACAUAUCAUGAAGGAUCAUUCCAGGUUUUCGUUUCCUGUGAUAAAGGAUGAAGCGUGGACGUUUCUCUGAAUAAUAGCUGUGGUUUAAAAGUCUCCUGAAUAUGAAUGUAACUUGUUGGGGGCUAGUAAAAGGCACUGUGAAAGAGGUUAAAGGUGGGUUCACGUUACAGCCAUGUACACUGUAAAAGCGUUGUUGGGUAACUGACACAGUAACUCUGUAUUCAAAGGUGAGGAUCCUGCAUACACAGCAACCCAUGCCCCAUCUACCAUUUAUCCCGGAGGUUCUUAGCACCCUGUUCCAGUAUUUAGGGGUCCACAAGUAGUGCUUAAGACAAGGGUGCAGAACAGGUAUUACAGCAAGAUGUUUUAUAUAGAAUUAGAGACCUGUUCGGGUAAUAGAUAGAAUUAAUCCAUUGCUCCUGACACAUUCAUUCUCCUUGUCCCCACACAGCCCUUGCUGGUCUCUGGAGAUCUGGUGGAUGAAGCUGUGGUACGCCGCGUGGUGGAGGAGACCGUUGCAUACUUUGGGCAGUUGGACGUGCUGGUGAACAGUGGUGGAAUCUUAACCAUGGGUACAAUAGAAAACACAACCCUGGAUGACUUUGACCGAGUGAUGAAUAUCAAUGUAAGGUAAGAUAUCAACCCAAACUGGAAAAUUAAUGAAAUGCUAUAUCAUUUUAUUUUAUUUUUUUUUUAAGAUAAAACUAAAAUAGCGAAAAGGUUAAAGGGUGCUUGGUGCAUCAUAACUACAACAUUUAUUGUACUGGUUGUGGGGCAAAGACACUGCUGCCCAUUGCCAGAUCAGUCCUUUUCUGGAUUAAUCAAUAAAUCUCUGCAUAAACCCAAUCCUUCUCAGCUUGCAGUCCGUGUCCAGAAUGGCGACUUAUGACCUGCUUUUAGUGUACUAUCCACAGGCAAGGUAAGUUCCAGUAGGUGAUGUUAUGUGUAUACCUACCUGGCCCUGAUAACCAACACAACACACAAAGUUUAGACACUCUUUAAGCUGAUUUUCUGGGACUCUCUGUUUUCAGCCUAUUUAGUCCUUUCAAAUAUUUAUUAUUGAAAUUGGUUUUUUUUACCAUAUAAAAAGAAUAAUUAACAAAAUGAUGCAAUGAAUGUAUAACACGAGAUACGUGAACAUAUAGUAAGACAGGAUGCAACAUAUAGUAUUGGGAAUAUUUACAUAUCGGUCCAUGUUGUAUCUUAGAGCAAAGUAACUUGUUCCAUGAACUGAAAAGGCAAUGAGUGCAUUGUACAAGAAACAUCCAAAAUGUAACUUAGGGGGUAGGGGAGGAGGAUGUCCAUCGUGUGUCACAUGUCAUUGCUUCAAUAAUGAAAGCGAUCAUUAGAACUGGUAGUUAUGGUCUCGGUGUGUCAUAAUAAAUAUGAGAAACAGUGAAUGCAGAAAUGUGAAGUCGCCUGUCAUUCCUUCAAUCAAAGAGGUGGUUGUGUUAGUUUUAGAAAAUAAAGAAUAUGAGUUAACCAUCCAGCAACCUUUGAAAUUGCUGGAACCUCUUGGGUAUUACUGGGAUAAAUGGGAAAACGACGUAAAAAGGGGACAUUUGAUUUAACUCCAUGGGUUAUUUGUAAAGAGCCCAUUUAUUUCCUUACUUAAUCCAAUAUAUUCCUUGGUCUACCCCUUCCAUGAUUGUCCCCAUUCAACUUUGUUUCCUCUUUUUGUUUGUUCAAACUUUUAUCACUUUCAAUGUAUAAAAAAUAGGAAAAGUGAACCCUACCUUUCUAAUAAAUGCUCCUCACCUGUCAGAGUGGGGAUUUUCAGAGAGAGAUAACCACAGUCUUCAUUUCUCUUUUAAGGAAUAAAAAAGUCUUUCAAAUUGCGAAAAAAAACUUAUUUUUUUCCUACGAAUAUUACACAUUUGUCUUAUUCUAUGAAUGUAAUGGUAAAAUUAUCAGAAAACAGGAGGCAAAACUGGGGGAGAAAUGUCAAAUGAUGGCGAUAUUGAUCGUUUCAGUGCAUUACAGAACGUUUUAUAAAUCAGAAAAUUACACAUGCACACAAAAAUGUUACAAAUAUGAAAAUGUUUCUGUCUAGUCCCCUUUUAUUCUGUUUCCUACAGAGAAUAUUUUAUAAAGUCUGCAUUAUGUCUCCAGGAUCUGCAGGACCUGAUGCUGUGCUAAACUUUCGUGUAAUAUGUUUUUCUGGCUAUAAUACAGAGAGGAUACAAUGCUCCUUGUUUCUUGCCUGUAUUACAGAGCAAUAUUCUAUCUCACUCACUUGGCUGUGCCACAUCUUAUCCAGACCAAGGGCAGCAUUGUCAACGUAUCUAGCGUCAACGGACAGAGGUCGGUAAGUACACAUUUAUUAGGACACCUGUUAUGAAUGAUUGGAUGGAUUUGUGAAGUGAAUGAUGGACUGGUGCGUUCAUUUUCAGAUGAAAGUGAAUGUGAUGAAAUUAGCCUGUUAUUUCGGUACUUUGUCAUUUUUUUCCAUUCGGUAGUUGAAACUACUGAAGACUGACCACCCCCUGUCUCAUUAACUUCAAAGAGAACUGUGACUUAAGUGCUCUCCUUUGUAUAGUCGAACGUCACGUGCAGGAGAAAACGGCGGCCCUCUUGUUCGCAAGAAAGGAGUCAGCGGGACUUGGUCAUCGAGUGUAUGGAACUAAAAUCGGACACUCGACUUUCCGAAUACCGGUCAAACUUUGCAAACACCUGCUUCCUUUCCCCGACCAGCCAGGAGAGUGCUGUUCGAGAGUUUUGUUCCCACGAACUAGGGGAACAAACAAUACUAUGAGCUAGGGUGUACUUUUCGUGGAUUUGAUUUCAUACUUUACGAAAUAGACCGACCACACAAUCCAAACUCAUGGAAAUAUUUCUGGGCAAGAGCCUUGUGUGCGGUCGAUCAAAUUAACAUCUCCAUGAAACUCCUAAACCCCUGAACUGGUCUGGGUGAUUUUUGGAUAUGUUGGUCACCCACAUCAGGGCUUACAGGGGAUGUAACAUUUAUGGGGAUUGUAUGUGUUUGGGGGGUACUUUUUACGUUUUGUGAAAAAUUUGUUUUUUCUGCCUCGAGAUAAUUGAGUUAGACUUAAUUAUCUCCCUGGCAGGGAGGAGGGAUUGUAUGUUUCUUAUGGGAGUCAUAAUUUGUAACCCUGAUGUUAUUGGUUUAUAACUUUGUGUUGGAGUCCCCUACAAGGUCCAUGUGGGAGUACCCCUUGCAUGGGGACUUGCAUAAGAUCUUGCAUGACACCAUUUAAAAUCAUUCCUGUUACACCCUUUAUCUAGUUUUGACUGAUGUUUAGGUACCUGUCUACUUUGCUGGGAGAAUACAUGUGGGAGGCUGACAUUCGUAUGGAUGAUCGUUUGAAUCAACACCCGAACUGCGAGCUAUAAUCACUCAGGCUUUAACAAUUCAGGGGGAAAUAGGAGAACGGGUAUCUGCUAUUCCAGCGUUCGUUACAGUGAAUUUGUCUGAAUUUUGGGAAAUUGCUUCAUUCAUAAGAAUCACGAUUCAACAAAUACAAAAAAAUGCAUUGUUAUGCAUUAUCUGCAUAUCUCAAGUUAGACUUGGAGUGGUCCUCCUUGAACACAGAAACUCGAGAUAUCAUAUUUAUACAACUGUCCUGCACUUUAUCUGCUCGACAUCUCAGCUAAGUCUGCCGAAUUGAUGUCAUGUAGCUAUCCUAUGCAUUAUCUUCCCAACAUCUCAGCCAAGUCUGCCGAAUUGAUGUCAUGUAGCUAUCCUAUGCAUUAUCUUCCCAACAUCUCAGCCAAGUCUGCCGAUUGAUGUCAUGUAGCUAUCCUAUGCAUUAUCUUCCCAACAUCUCAGCCAAGUCUGCCGGAUUGAUGUCAUGUAGCUAUCCUAUGCAUUAUCUUCCCAACAUCUCAGCCAAGUCUGCCGGAUUGAUGUCAUGUAGCUAUCCUAUGCAUUAUCUUCCCAACAUCUCAGCCAAGUCUGCCGGAUUGAUGUCAUGUAGCUAUCCUAUGCAUUAUCUUCCCAACAUCUCAGCCAAGUCUGCCGGAUUGAUGUCAUGUAGCUAUCCUAUGCAUUAUCUUCCCAACAUCUCAGCCAAGUCUGCCGGAUUGAUGUCAUGUAGCUAUCCUAUGCAUUAUCUUCCCAACAUCUCAGCCAAGUCUGCCGGAUUGAUGUCAUGUAGCUAUCCUAUGCAUUAUCUUCCCAACAUCUCAGUCAAGUCUGCCGAAUUGAUGUCAUGUAGCUAUCCUAUGCAUUAUCUUCCCAACAUCUCAGUCAAGUCAGCCGUAUUGAUGUCAUGUAGCUAUCCUGUGCAUUACCUGCUCGAGAACUCAGCCAAGUCUGCCGGAUUUAUGUCAUAUAGCUAUACUGUGCAUUAUCUGCCCGACAUCUCAGUCAAGUCUGCCGUAUUGAUGUCAUGUAGCUAUUCUGUGCAUUAUCUGCUCGAGAACUCAGCCAAGUCUGCCGGAUUUAUGUCAUAUAGCUAUACUGUGCAUUAUCUGCCCGACAUCUCAGUCAAGUCUGCCGAAUUGAUGUCCUGUAGCUAUCCUCUGCAUUAUCUGCUCGAGAACUCAGCCAAGUCUGCCGGAUUUAUGUCAUAUGCCUAUACUGUGCAUUAUCUGCCCGACAUCUCAGUCAAGUCUGCUGUAUUGAUGCCAUAUAGCUAUCCUGCGCAUUAUCUGAUCGACAUCUCAGCCAAGUCUGCCGAAUUGAUAUCAUGUAGCUAUCCUGCGCAUUAAGUGGGCAGGUAUUUGUGGUUUAUGGUUUAUUUUGUGUUAAGAGGUCACUUGGUUCAGGUAAUAAUCCUGUAUCACAUUAUAGAUCGCCUCGUCAUUUCCUCUAACUUCCAUCCGCAGUGUUCCUUUAUCCAUUUAUUGUAAAAUGAUCAUCAUUCAUUUGGCGCCAACAUAUAUUGUAGUGUUUUACACUAUUUUGGGUAACCGUAAUUAAAAGAAUACCCUAUGCAAGAGGCUAUCUACUUUAAAACCCUGAUAAUUAGCACUUAGCCUCUUGUACAGGGUAUUAUAUUUAGCUUUAGAACGUUUUUCUAGCAUAGUCUUUGUAACUAACUACUCCCCCAGAUAUUACAACAUUUAGCAACAGAUUCCCUUCUUUGUAGUUAAAAGUUACUUUAUUUACUGUGACGAGACCAAUCUUGCCACUGUGCAUUGGAGGAGACUGGUUGCCUGCCUGCUGCCUUUUGACUAUGGACCGGCAUUUAAAUACUUUAUUUUCCUAUGCAGAAAGGUCUAUUCCUGUAUUUCUGCCCUGGCGUUCGGUAGAUCCUCGGAUUUACUGAAUGAACUAAUUUAACCCAGAUAGCUAUGCCAUGGAGCCCAUUCGUAUAAUGAAAGACUAUGGGAAAGACUUUGGCUCCAUGGCAGUUGAACUGUAUGUGUGUGCUCUGAGCGCCAUUCAUUAAUAAUGUGCGCUCAGAUCUGAGCUAUCUGGGGAUAUGUUGCAUGUCUGUAUUUUAUGUAAUAAAUGUAACCUUGUGUAUUUUAUUGUAUUUUACUGUCUUUUUACUGCCAUGUGCUUAAUGGAGUUUUGCCUCUGUCCUUGGAGAUAAUUGGAUUACUUCCCAAUUAUCUCCAGGAUAGAAGACUCUGUGGAACUGGUUUUGUGCAGAAAAGCCAUGCUUCCUUUGGUCACAAAGGACUACGAUCUAUCUUUUGAACCACUGGAUCAAUUUGGAUGAUUUUGAAGUAUGUUUGUAUUUGGAGUAUGCUGAUUCUGAAAAUGUAAGUUUUAUGUGAACGUGAUGCAUACUUUUCAAGUUAUGAAUAUUGUGGAAAAAUUGUAUUUCUCUGCUUGUGAUAAUUACAUUACCCAUUGUGUAAGGUAAUUGUAUCACAGGCAGAGGGGAGGAUUUUGUGUGGGAGUGUCUGAGUGUAUUGUACAUGUUUAUUGGUUGUUUUCCAAAACCCUGUGGGUGGUACUAAUGUGUAUAUAAGAACAAUAAACCCACAGCUCUGUCUAUUCACUGCUUGAUCCUCAACACUGAGCUUUGUCUCGUUCUUGGGAGGAUUUAUUGUAUGCUGUUCCAGUUUGACUGCUAGGAGUGUAAACCUAUUCGUAUGGUUUUUCCUAUUCGGCUGUUUACAGCAUGCGUAUGGUUCCGGUUCGGCUGUUUACAGCAUUCACAUGCUUCUCCGGUUCAGUGGAUUGGUGUCGACAGUAGCUAUGCCUGUGCAUCUGAAAGGGGAAUAUCGCCUAAACGGUUUUUAACCUCUUGUGGGCAAAACGGUCCGUUACAUUUACUUUUCUGUUUCUUCUGGAUACAAGUUGCUGCUGUGAAUUCUGAUUGAUUAGCCUUAGAAAUCUAGUACACCUCGUGGUUUAUUUUUGUAUUUUUCUCUCUGGUGUUCACUGUGUCAAUGCAUUUAGUUUUUUUUUUUUCUUAUAAAUCUUAUUUUUACUUUAUUUAUGUGGCUAUUCCUUUGUGAUUUGUAUUUCUUGGGAAUGACAAUCAGUAUUAAUUGUUUGUUUUUAUAAUGAGUUGAACCCCUCUCCCGUGGCAUGGAGCAUGGAUGCGUUUUUUGUUUUUUUCUCAGGGCAGUUUUUUUGCAGGGUAAAUAGGGCAGUUUGUAGGGGUAAAUUGACACAUAUUCCAAUAUCUGUCACAGGAAAGCGGAAACCUACAAGGGAGUUGAGUGUUAUCUGUGGGUGUAGGUCAGCCAUGGGAUCAUAUCUGAGUUCUAUGUAUGCAGAACUCAACACAUGGAUGGUUGGAGCCACUGGGCUUACCUAGACAGCAGUUACUGAUUGAAGGCUUUUAAAGGAAAAUAAAUAGUCAGUGGGGAUAAGGGAACUACUGUAUAUACCAUGCUGAGCCAGUGGCAAUAUUACAGACUGUGCAAUGAUCUCUGUAUAUGGAGCCAUGUUGUGUGAGUGACUAUACACUGAUCAGCCACAGCAUUGAAACGUCCUGCCUAACAUCGUGUAGCUCCCCCUUGUGCUGCCAAAACAUCUCUGAUGCCUCAAGGCAUGGACUCCAUCUCUCUGAACGUGUCCUGUGGUAUCUUGCACCAAGACAUAAACAGCAGAUCUUUUAUGUACUGCAAGGAAGGAAGAGCCGCAUCACUGCUUCUGUUCAGGGAGAGGAUGCCGGCCUUCCCUCUUUGGCGGUAAACACGCCAGAGGACCCUGCAUGUGUCACAAAGGGAUUGAGGAGUGAAGCGCGGUGUGGGAGCUGCAGGUGAAUGACACAGACAGACACAGCCUGCAAGGGAGAAGCUCUGUUGUGCCCUCUCUGCCAUACUGAGGGAAGCACUUACUCAUCACAAUCCAAGCCUUCCCUCCUCCUCCUUUCCCUCCGUUUCCUUCUACCUUUACAGAUUCACAUUGCGAGCAUGCGAUCUGGGCCAGUAAAUGGUCCAAUUAAAGGCUAUUCUGUGAGAAGUCUUUGUUUGGAUACAAUUAGAUAGGGUUAAAAUGGUCCAAUCAAAGUUUACUCUACGAGCUCCAUAUUAGAUGGUUUAAUACCAUCUAAUAUAGCGAGCAAUUUGCCGCGUGUCGCCCUCCCCAAUAUAACUACAUUUCCCAUGGAGCCUAGCUCCGGUCAUGUGAUCGUAUUAUUUUACAAAUAUCUCUAUAUACAAAUUUAGUUUUUUAUAUAUAAUUACACUACACAGUUCAUAUUAACUUAUUGCAUUGCUCAGUAUAAAUAUGACUUUGUUUUUAAUAAUGUUUUAAUUAUGUUUCGGAAUAUGUGUUUUUAAUUGGCUAAUCAGUUUUUUGCCGCCAAUUUUAACUACUACAUACCUUAUAAAUACUGUUUUAUGCCAGGUACAAUGUUAUAUUACCAUUUUGAUAAAGCCUUAAAGGUGAAACGCGUUAAUGGUUUUACAUUGUGUAUUUUAAACAAUAAAAGUUUUUUUGGUUACCUUUUUUAUAGGACCAACCCUCAUUUUAUUGUAUACACCUUUUUAUUCUUAUUUUUCCUGGCAUUUUUAUUGUUUCCUAAUUCAAGAAAUCCUAGGUGGGGAUUAUUCCACCAGUGCUGCGUUUCUCUGCUCUACACUUGUGAGUAUAUUUUAUUUUUUAUUAUUUUAAUUAUCAUUUCCAACUGAGAGCACUAUUGCUGUCUUUUAUAUAUUGUGGAAUACGACUAAACCAAAGCUGGACAGACAGACGCACCUCUUCAAUAUAUCCCUUAGCGGGGUCAUACCGCUUAACGCCCUCCAUCCUAGAGCUGGCCUAAGCUCCUCCAAAUGUGAGUGUACUAUCUUCCUUUUAUUCAUUUUUCCUUGGAUUUACAACAUUUCACUAUUGGCAGUCUGUUGUCUUUUUAUUUUUGUUUUCACAUAUACGGAUUAGUUUACAACCCGGACGGAUCAACUCCUGAGGACUGUACACAUAUCGUAUCCAGCUAUACCAGUGAGACAUUUCAUUAUUUGUUUUUUAUCUUAUUGAACAUUUUACCACCUGGGAGGACUCUCUUUUUCUGUUGAUUUCCAUAGGGACGUUUUUUGGUGUUGUCCACUUGAGACCAUAUGGUCUGGCCUCUACUGUUAUGGACUACUGUAUUUUAGCUUUUAGCGCAGCCCUUACCCACUUUUACCAUUUUAGUUAGUUUUAGUUUUAUCAAGGGAUUCCCUUUUUAGGGUUCCUGCUUAUAUUUAUACUCCUGUUAUUUAGCGCAGACUCUUCUCGUCUGUUUUUACAUCUCAUAGCUCUGCCUAUUUACAUGUCUGCCUAAUGCAGUGAUUAACCUCAGGAACUCAGUCAGCCGGUAUGUCCCCUCUGCACUUUUGUUAUACAAUAUAGAUUUAUUUAUUUUUCAUCUUUUUGCCUCCUUUUCUCUUUGUGUCUGACUAUUUGCUGGGUGAACCAGUCAGUAUCUGACUGACAGUAUGUAAUGCUUAUGAAAGACAUGUCUAUUCUGACAAAACACAUUCUUUUACACCUAAUAGUCUUUUGUUUUUUUAUAUGUACUGUUUGUUGUAAACUGCCAUGUAAUUAGCCAGAUUUCGCUCUGCAAAGUUACUUUCGCGUUCCGAAGUAAGCUCCUCCACUUAUGACGACGCUCUAUUCAAUUGGCUUUAUAGGCAAGCCGCGCCAAACUUUAAUUGCUGAGUUAUUUUGAACCUACCUCUGUCUCCACGCUUAGUCUUUCUGUAUCGCUGCUGCAACCACAAACUUUCGUUCUUCAUUGUUGCUGUAAUCUACAAGGAUUCCUGUAGCUACUUACAAACCAAACAACCAAUUGUAGAUCUUUACCAUCCUUGCUACACGUGCAGGACUCUCUGCAAAAACCAUAAGUAUCAACUUACUACUUACUACUUACUACAAACUGCAAUUAAGGAGAUUUCACUUAUCAAUUAUAAAUAUUACUAUAACCUGCAAUUAAGGAGAUUUCACUAAACAAUGAUAUACAUACUGUUAUAACCAGCAUAUAAGUUUAACCAUUGCUGCUAUUUACUAAUCAAGUAUAAUUAUUACUACCACCAUCAUGAAAGGAAAAUCAAUUCCAACUGCCAUUCAUUUUUCUCUGAAGAUUAAUUGAUCCUAGAAACCGAUUAAUAUAUAAGAGGACUUUAUUAUUGAAAAUACUUUUUCAUGCAAACGAUUUAUUUCUUUCUUCAUUAAUGCAAUUCUGGAAGAAAGAGACUAUUUGUUUUGAACUGAUUCUAUAAGAGAUAAUAAAACCUCUUUUGAAAUUAUAUUGGAAACCCCUUGUUCUUAAUUCUGCAGUUGUGUUCCACAAUUCUCUGUAUAAAGCUAAUUGAUUCAUAACAUAAACUGAAUGUUACAAAAAGCUUCACAAUAAUGGCACUGACCAAGCAAUGAUACACAUUGUGCCAAUUUACUAUACGCAUGUUUACAAUCUUAUUUUUAUUUUUGAUAUUAUUUUGUAAAUUAAUUAAUUGUACAGUUUGAAUAUAUAUUUGUGGAUUUAAAUUCUCCUUAUUAAUCACUCUUUUUUGUGAACUCACUUUUAUCCAUUUAAUUAAUAUUUGUUAUCAUUUUAUAAAAAUAUUAAAAACUAUUUGAAAAGAAUGUUUCAUAUGUUGGUGACAUCUUUCUUCAGAGAUAAUGAAAUUCUAAUUUCUCUUUUAUCACAAUGUUACAUACAUUCACUACAUUAACCAUGAAUUCGCCUCAAUUUAGGAUUUUCAAAUAAUUUAAGAUUUUUUGAUAAACUUUUAAAAUAUAUAUAUAUUUUGUUUAAAAAUGUUAUGAUCAAAAAAAGUUAUCAUAGAAAGAAAUCAGUAUAUAAAAGUAAAAAAUGGAAAUAUUAACAUAUUUUUUCAAAUAUUAACUCAUGGGAAAGUUAUUCAAAAAUAUAAAAUCACGGCCAUCGUGCUUCAUUAACAAAGCUCUAAGAGCAGAUCUCUUGCCAGCAGCUCCGAUGGGUUCCUCUCGCGAGGUUAGAGUGCAGCCGCUGCAACGCUCAGAUCUCACGAGAGUGAAUUCUAGCCCCGCAGGUUGCGGGGCUAGAGUUCACUUACCACUGGACCAUCAGGGAUGGCAGCAGCACAGUCCCCCCCUCCCUACAUAAGGUAAGAAGGGAGGGGGGAUAUCAACUAAAUGGUCCCCCCACCCCACACAAUACACACAUACAGCACCCUUACACAAACAGCACCCUUACAUACACAACACCCUUACUCACACAGCAACCUUACAUACACAGCACCCUUACACAGAGUACCCUUACACACAGCACCCUUACACAAACACACUAACAUCACACACACAUACAUCACCCUUACACACACACACAUCACCCUUACACACACAUACAGCACCCUUACACACACAUACAGCACCCUUACACAUACAGCGCCUGCACACACACACACAGCGCCUUAACACACCCACAGUGCCCUCACACACACAGCGCCCACACAGCACCCUCAAACAACAGUAUGUGUGUGUGUGUAUGUAUGUAUGUGUAUAUAUAUACACGCGGCAUGUGUGUUUGUGCUUUAGGGUGCACACACUUAUACAACAGGCUGCGCACGCCUAUGAAUACAUUACUUUAUAUAUGUUAAUCAAUUAAGAUUUUGAAGGUAAAUUUAAUAAGCCCCAUAAUGUUUUAUCAUAAAUAUGCGGCACAGUUAGCAAAUUGCCGGUUAGCAUACGAUAGAAGCAGCAAUAAUGUGCAGUAAGGGCAGGCGGUUAGGACGGAGCACCCUCUGAAGUUAUCACAAACAAGUCAUCCUUGCUGCAGGUUAUGGUCUGACAUAUCAAUAAGAUAUUCUGUGCUCAGGGCGUUUAUUGCAGCCAAUUAUUCUGUUUUGCUGUUUUGUUUUAUUUUGUUAAACAGAGCUGAUAUAAAGGCUGCAAAUAAAUCUUUGUUUUAUUUUCGGUUAGUUUUUGCCUCACAGGCUAUUUUCCACCCUUAAUGAGGGUAUUGUAAUAAUAAUUCAUUUUGAUUACUUUUAUCACCAGUGCAAGUAUAGUUUUAUCGUCCUGGGUAUGAAAUAGGAGCAACACAGGUUGCCUGUUUCUAUGCCUUAAGCUGAAUAUUAAAUUCCACUAAAUACACUUUCCAUGUGCUAAUUUCAACUGUCUGUGGUGUCAGUCCCAGUAGUUUAGUAACUAACCCUUGGCAAGCUUCGUUCAUUGUAACACUCUAUCUUACUGAUAGUUGAACAUUCUAGUCACUGUGUCCCAUGAUGACCCAUGGUGUUCAGAAAUGACAGUCACACUGUGUCCGCUCCCAUGGUAUCCAGCAAUGACAGUCACACUGUGUCCGCUCCCAUGGUAUCCAGCAAUGACAGUCACACUGUGUCCGCUCCCAUGGCGUCCAGCAAUGACAGUCACACUGUGUCCGCUCCCAUGGUUUCCAGCAAUGACAGUCACACUGUGUCCUCUCCCAUGGCGUCCAGCAAUGACAGUCACACUGUGUCCGCUCCCAUGGUAUCCAGCAAUGACAGUCACACUGUGUCCGCUCCCAUGGUAUCCAGCAAUGACAGUCACACUGUGUCCGCUCCCAUGGUAUCCAGCAAUGACAGUCACACUGUGUCCGCUCCCAUGGUAUCCAGCAAUGACAGUCACACUGUGUCCGCUCCCAUGGUAUCCAGCAAUGACAGUCACACUGUGUCUGCUCCCAUGGUAUCCAGCAAUGACAGUCACACUGUGUCCACUCCCAUGGUAUCCAGCAAUGACAGUUACACUGUGUCCGCUCCCAUGGUAUCCAGGAAUGACAGUCACACUGUGUCCGGUCCCAUGGUAUCCAGGAAUGACAGUCACUGUGUCCGGUCCCAUGGUAUCCAGCAAUGACAGUCACACUGUGUCCACUCCCAUGGUAUCCAGGAAUGACAGUCACACUGUGUCCGGUCCCAUGGUAUCCAGGAAUGACAGUCACACUGUGACCGCUACCAUGGUAUCCAGCAAUGACAGUCACACUGUGGCAAAGCUGGCCACUUAAGACUGUAUUUCCAUUAAUGUGAUGUUGAAGCUUUAAGGCUAUCUGAACUGAGUAUAUUCACUUGUCUGUAUUUGAUGCGAACGAGAGCAUUCGUAUGAUGGCGGCAUGAAAGCCACCAGCAUUCAUAUAUUAGUUUCACGAACAGUGAAUUUUAACACUGUUCGUGAAACUAACAAACUACCGAAUGGGAGACCACACACAGGAGGUCGUGUGGCUCCCAUUAAGUAUCGCAACAUUGUAUCUAACGAUAGUUAAUGGAUGUUCAGGGUGGCCGCCGUUCGGAUACAACCACAUGGCAGUCGGCCAUCUUGGAUCCUUUGUUAGCCCAGCGGUAUUUUGUCGUCGAGUGCCUGGAACUAAAAUCGGCUACUCGACGGCACGAAUAACGCUGGUCUUCCAGGCUGUUCAGGAGCACUGGUCUUUCGGUAUUUUCCCUGCUGGUCUAUUCGUGCCUUUGUUGAAAAAUUUAUGUUUAAUUAUAUUUCAUGUGGCGUUCGGCUAAUUGUGCUGGGAUCUGAGCGGUACUUUCACGAAGUAUGCACUCAGACCCCAGCUAUCUGCCGAAUGGUCAUUCGGUAUAAUAGCAUGAAUAAUGUUAAUAGUAUACAUUUUUAUGUAAAAAGCCAGUUCUGCUGCACGGAGGGAUAAUCCACUUAACUGGAUGUUCUAGUGGGAGUAUCCCUCUUGUACAGCAGGUGGGAGAAAUGUCUUGGUUGCUAUGUUCCCCAUGUAGUCCCCUACUGUACAACCCAUGAAAAGUCAGUAGGGAAACCCCUUGCAUGGGGAACUACAUAAAUACUGUGACCUGCAAUUAAAACCUCAGUUGACUCCCAGCCUAUGUGUCGUCUAGUUCUUGGGAAGGAAGGAUUUAUACAACGCUACCAGGAUUAUUGUAUUUUAUACUUAUUGUACCUGGAUUAUUCUAUGCUGUUCCUGUCUACCAGCGGAGAUAUGGUGGAUGAUACUACCUCUCCACUACAAACACUGUGUCCGGUCCCAUGGCAUCCAGCACUGACAGUCACACUGUGUCCGGUCCCAUGGUAUCCAGCAAUGACAGCCACAUUGUAUCCAGUCCCAUGGCAUCCAACAAGGAUAGUCACACUGUGUCCGGUCCCAUGACAUCCAGCAAUGACAGUCGCACUGUGUCCGGUCCCAUGGUGUCCAGCAAUGACAGUCACACUGUGUCCGGUCCCAUGGCAUCCAGCAAUGACAAUCACAAUGUGUCUGGUCCCAUGACGUCCAGCAAUGACAGUCACACUUUGUCCGGUCCCAUGGCAUCCAACAAGGAUAGUCACACUGUGUCCGGUACCAUGACGUCCAGCAAUGACAGUCUUACUGUGUCCAAUCCCAUGGUGUCCAGCAAUGACAGUCACACUGUGUCCGGUCCUAUGACGUCCAGCAAUGACAGUCACACUGUGUCCAGUCCCAUGGCAUCCAGCAAUUACAUUCACACUAUGUCCGGUCCCAUGGCAUCCAGCACUGACAGUCACACUGUGUCUGGUCCCAUGACGUCCAGCAAUGACAGUCACUGUGUCCGCUCCCACGGUAUCCAGCAAUGACAGUCCCACUGUGUCUGGUCCCAUGACGUCCAGCAAUGACAGUCACACUGUGUCUGGUCCCAUGACGUCCAGCAAUGACAGUCACACUGUGUAUAACAUCCCAUCUUAAGCUAAAAACAAUCUCUACUUUCUCUCUUUCAGUUUCCUGGAGUCAUGGCCUAUUGUAUGUCAAAAUCCGCUGUGGAUCAGAUGACCAGAUGUGCAGCGCUGGGUAACAUCACUUAUUAGCCAAUAUUUCUCUAAUUUCUAAAGAUCUGUCAUCAUCAAGACAUUUUUUUUAUGGCUUCAUCAUGGGUUUACCAAUAUACCUAUCACUGUAUCUGAGAAUAUAGCGUGGUUUAUAGUGGGGUGUAGUGUAUUAUAUAUACAUAUAUAUAAUAAUAUUCUGUAUACAGCGUGCUUUAUCAUGUAUUAUAUAUUAUAUUGAGUUGUGUUUCUCUUCCGGUUUAUUGUUAGAGUUGGCCAGUAAGCAGGUUCGAGUUAAUGCUGUUUGGUAAGUGUUUUUCCAUUACUUUAGUUUUCUUAUAGAAUGUAAACCAGUUAACUUUCCUUAACCAGACCAUGUGCCAGCACUUACAGAGGGGAGGAGGUCUGGACCAUUCCAACUAAACUCUAAAGAGGGGUAUUUGAAAUCAGUGUUUCCCAAACCACAACCCACCAACAGUCUAGUUUUUGUCUUCCAUUAGAAUAAAAAAAGAAAAUCCAUAAGUCCUGGAUUGUUGGUGUGACUUGAGGCCCUCUUGUGCUUUUGGGUCAGUAGUGAUGUACAUCUUGGAGUUCUGGCAUGGAAACCUUCUGUGUUUAGUAUGUGCCUUACUGUGUCCAUUGAAACCAAGAUGCCACCAAGAUAUGCUGCUAUCUAUUUAUACAAUAUACAUAUAGCACGCUUGAUACUUAUCAAUAAUCCAUGGCAUUGCCCUCUGCCCAUCCAUUACUGAUAUGUAUCAAGCUUGCUAUCUGUAUAUCGUAUAAAUAGAUACUUUGUAUCUGUAUGGGCAGAGAGCAAUGCCAUCCAUUACUGAUAUGUAUCAAGCUUGCUAUCUGUAUAUCGUAUAAAUAGAUACUUUGUAUCUGUAUGGGGGCGGGCAAUGCCAUCCAUUACUGAUAUGUAUCAAGCUUGCUAUCUGUAUAUUGUAUAAAUAGAUACUUUGUAUCUGUAUGGGGGAGGGCAAUGCCACCCAUUACUGAUAUGUAUCAAGCUUGCUAUCUGUAUAUCGUAUAAAUAGAUACUUUGUAUCUGUAUGGCAGAGGGCAAUGCCAUCCAUUACUGAUAUGUAUCUAGCUUGCUAUCUGUAUAUCGUAUAAAUAGAUACUUUGUAUCUGUAUGGGCUGAGGACAAUGCCAUCCAUUACUGAUAUGUAUCAAGCUUGCUAUCUGUAUAUUGUAUAAAUAGAUACUUUGUAUCUGUAUGGGGGAGGGCAAUGCCACCCAUUACUGAUAUGUAUCAAGCUUGCUAUCUGUAUAUUGUAUAAAUAGAUACUUUGUAUCUGUAUGGGCAGAGAGCAAUGCCACCCAUUACUGAUAUGUAUCAAGCUUGCUAUCUGUAUAUUGUAUAAAUAGAUACUUUGUAUCUGUAUGGGCAGAGGGCAAUGCCAUCCAUUACUGAUAUGUAUCAAGCUUGCUAUCUGUAUAUCGUAUAAAUAGAUACUUGGUAUCUGUAUGGGCAGAGGGCAAUACCAUCCAUUACUGAUAUGUAUCAAGCUUGCUAUCUGUAUAUCGUAUAAAUAGAUACUUGGUAUCUGUAUGGGCAGAUGGCAAUGCCAUCCAUUACUGAUAUGUAUCAAGCUUGCUAUCUGUAUAUUGUAUAAAUAGAUACUUUGUAUCUGUAUGGGAGAGGGCAAUGCCAUCCAUUAUUGAUAUGUAUCAAGCUUGCUAUCUGUGUAUUGUAUAAAUAGAUACUUUGUAUCUGUAUGGGCAGAGGGCAAUGCCACCCAUUACUGAUAUGUAUCAAGCUUGCUAUCUGUAUAUCGUAUAAAUAGAUACUUUGUAUCUGUAUGGGCAGAGGGCAAUGCCAUCCAUUACUGAUAUGUAUCAAGCUUGCUAUCUGUAUAUUGUAUAAAUAGAUACUUUGUAUCUGUAUGGGCCGAGGGCAAUGCCAUCCAUUACUGAUAUGUAUCAAGCUUGCUAUCUGUGUAUUGUAUAAAUAGAUACUUUGUAUCUGUAUGGGGGAGGGCAAUGCCACCCAUUACUGAUAUGUAUCAAGCUUGCUAUCUGUAUAUCGUAUAAGUAGAUACUUUGUAUCUGUAUGGGGGAGGGCAAUGCCACCCAUUACUGAUAUGUAUCAAGCUUGCUAUCUGUAUAUCUUAUAAGUAGAUACUUUGUAUCUGUAUGGGCAGAGGGCAAUGCCACCCAUUACUGAUAUGUAUCAAGCUUGCUAUCUGUAUAUCAUAUAAGUAGAUACUUUGUAUCUGUAUGGGCAGAGGGCAAUGCCACCCAUUACUGAUAUGUAUCUAGCUUGCUAUCUGUAUAUCGUAUAAAUAGAUACUUUGUAUCUGUAUGGGCAAAGAGCAAUGCCAUCCAUUACUGAUAUGUAUCUAGCUUGCUAUCUGUAUAUCGUAUAAAUAGAUACUUUGUAUCUGUAUGGGCAAAGAGCAAUGCCAUCCAUUACUGAUAUGUAUCAAGCUUGCUAUCUGUAUAUCGUAUAAAUAGAUACUUUGUAUCUGUAUGGGGGAGGGCAAUGCCACCCAUUACUGAUAUGUAUCAAGCUUGCUAUCUGUAUAUCGUAUAAAUAGAUACUUUGUAUCUGUAUGGGCAGAGGGCAAUACCAUCCAUUACUGAUAUGUAUCAAGCUUGCUAUCUGUAUAUUGUAUAAAUAGAUACUUUGUAUCUGUAUGGGAGAGGGCAAUGCCAUCCAUUACUGAUAUGUAUCAAGCUUGCUAUCUGUAUAUCGUAUAAGUAGAUACUUUGUAUCUGUAUGGGCAGAGGGCAAUGCCACCCAUUACUGAUAUGUAUCUAGCUUGCUAUCUGUAUAUCGUAUAAAUAGAUACUUUGUAUCUGUAUGGGCAGAGAGCAAUGCCAUCCAUUACUGAUAUGUAUCUAGCUUGCUAUCUGUAUAUUGUAUAAAUAGAAACUUUGUAUCUGUAUGGGGGAGGGCAAUGCCACCCAUUACUGAUAUGUAUCAAGCUUGCUAUCUGUAUAUCGUAUAAAUAGAUACUUUGUAUCUGUAUGGGCAGAGGGCAAUACCAUCCAUUACUGAUAUGUAUCAAGCUUGCUAUCUGUAUAUUGUAUAAAUAGAUACUUUGUAUCUGUAUGGGAGAGGGCAAUGCCACCCAUUACUGAUAUGUAUCAAGCUUGCUAUCUGUAUAUCGUAUAAAUAGAUACUUUGUAUCUGUAUGGGCAGAGGGCAAUACCAUCCAUUACUGAUAUGUAUCAAGCUUGCUAUCUGUAUAUUGUAUAAAUAGAUACUUUGUAUCUGUAUGGGAGAGGGCAAUGCCACCCAUUACUGAUAUGUAUCAAGCUUGCUAUCUGUAUAUCGUAUAAAUAGAUACUUUGUAUCUGUAUGGGCAGAGGGCAAUGCCAUCCAUUACUGAUAUGUAUCAAGCUUGCUAUCUGUAUAUUGUAUAAAUAGAUACUUUGUAUCUGUAUGGGCAGAGGGCAAUGCCAUCCAUUACUGAUAUGUAUCAAGCUUGCUAUCUGUAUAUCGUAUAAAUAGAUACUUUGUAUCUGUAUGGACAGAGGGCAAUGCCACCCAUUACUGAUAUGUAUCAAGCUUGCUAUCUGUAUAUCGUAUAAAUAGAUACUUUGUAUCUGUAUGGGAGAGGGCAAUGCCAUCCAUUAUUGAUAUGUAUCAAGCUUGCUAUCUGUAUAUCGUAUAAAUAGAUACUUUGUUUCUGUAUGGGCAGAGGGCAAUGCCAUCCAUUACUGAUAUGUAUCAAGCUUGCUAUCUGUAUAUCGUAUAAAUAGAUACUUUGUUUCUGUAUGGGCAGAGGGCAAUGCCAUCCGUUAUUGAUAUGUAUCAAGCUUGCUAUCUGUAUAUUGUAUAAAUAAAUACUUUGUUUCUGUAUGGGCAGAGGGCAAUGCCACACUAUUUGUUUGUAACUACUGAGACUUUGAUUUGUUUGCUUGUUCAAACGAAAGUGGAUCCAUUUUUGAUUUACCAUACCUAUAUUUAAUAUUUUCCCAUCUUUAUUAUUUUUGUAGAGUAAAUCUUUUUUUACUGUUAUUGUGAAUGUUAACACAUUUCACAGUUAAUGUUUUGAUUAUUCAAUAAAGUAGAUUUCGUUUUGAGUUAUUCCUUUUUGAAGCAUUUCCCACCCUUGUGACGCUCCCCCUAUUUAGGGCGAAUGCUUUCAGUGCUUACAGGGCAAGUGACAGAGUGCUUGUGUUUCCCAGUGCUACUGGUUUAAUGUAGGACACGUGUUAACAAACAUUUCAGGUGAACUACCCUGUGUCAAUGUUUGUAGACUGAUAAAGAGUAGUUCAUCUAAAGCGUUCCAGAAAGCGAAUAGCACGUUGUUGCACGAGUGUCCUGCUGUGCUUGUUUGGUGCUAUUUUGGUGUCCAUGGGUAUAGACGGCAUAUUUUCUAAAAUCUUUUAUUAUUUUUUCCCCUCUUCAUGUUUACUUGAUUUAUUUAUGAACUACAUUAUAGAUCCAUGUUUUCUUUCCCCUUAUUGGUGCUGUUUUAUCUUGAUUUUGGGGUAGAAUGUCUGAAUUGAGUGCCUAUAUUGUAUAAAUAUAAGUCACUGUGUUUCCUUUUAGCCCCGGGGUGAUUAUAACGGAUGUCCAUCGCAGAGCAGGUCUAAACGACGAGCAAUACGCACAGGUACUAUCUGUACUCAUCAUAUAUGCCUGUACUUUGAGUAUGUCACUUUAUUACAUUGUACAUUCGUAGCUCUACGGAAAGAGUGGGACACUGUGUGUAAUGUAAAUUCAAUCUCCUGAAAGGUGGAUACAUUUGCUAGACAGAUUGAUAUCUGUUCAGGGAUCGACUUUCUCUUUGUACAUAAGGAAAUGUUCUCUGUCUGCGGCCAAUCUAUCAGGGAGAGGGCGCAAACCAAUUAUUCUGGGAUCCUGUGUAAUGCCUGCUUUUGUAAACCCCUUAACUAUUCUGCAUAUGAAUGCCCCACAUAUUAAACAACAACAAUCAACAUCUGUACUUCAUUUACAUUUUUUUCUUAUUUCUAAAUAAAAAUCUGUUUUGUGAAUUGACGAUUUCCCCCAUUUUAUUUGCUGUACUUAUAGUUGUUAAAAUACAUUUUACAGGCUGAUUGUGAUUGCUGUGGCCACUGUAAUGUUAUAGAUAGAGAUCGCGCACCAUGCUCUUUCCUCCAACUAAUUCUUUGUUUAACCCUUUCCUUUACCAGUUCCUACAGCGCACUCAGCACACGCACGCCCUGGGACGCCCAGGAACUGUGGAUGAAGUUGCCCGCAUGAUUGCAUUCCUUGCUUCAGACGCUGCCUCCUUCAUUACAGGGGUAACUGUCCCCGUGGAUGGAGGGCGCCACGCGAUGUGUCCACGCUGAUCUACAAUGCUGACUGAAAGCUACACUAGACUGCCGGCUAUCCUUUAUACGAUCAUUAAUAAGACCCAUGUAGAUUGGUGGCACGUAGAAUGGUGGCACGUAGAAUGGUGAUCAGUGACGGAGAGCAGAACUAUGUCCGAGAUCCUCUUGAAGGAUUUAUGAAUACGUAUAAUAAAACUGUAAAGUUUUUUUCUUAUGGUGGUAAUAUUCUUAUAUCAAUGACUAUAUCAUGAACAUCUCAAAUAACUAAGGGGCUCAAGCAUCAUGCCUGUAAUAGAAAGCACUCAUGGUUAAUCACUACAGUCCCAUUGGUUCGGUUCGACAGAAGUAAACACAUGCAGCCGAGUACGGGGCCCUUCAGGCUGCAAUAUCCAGAUAUUGCAAUUCAGGCACUGAAUGGGCCUAAACUUAGUCUGGAAUUAUCCGUAAUGAAUGCCGCUGGAUGACUGAAAACCGGACCCAAAUGCUUUAACUCCAGGGCUUAUUUUUUAGAGGGGGUGGCAAGGGGAUUGUGGACCAGGAACGAUGCACAAUGCCACAAAUGUGGUGGUAUACAAUGGCAUGUCCACCCCCCCUUCCAGUAUAAUUAUUAGACCCCUGAGCUAAUGGUUGGACUAUUUAUUUAUAAAAUAUUUUACCAGGAUGGCUACAUUGAGAUUUUGCUUGUUUUUAAGUAUGUCCUGGGUCCACAAAUCAUUGCAUUGUUACAAAUGGGUACAAUAUAAUAUUACACAAAAUAAUACAACAUAAUAUAUAUAUAUACAUACACACAGAUAUAAAUUUAACACAUAACAGGUAAUACAUGUAUCCAACCAUGACAGGUGCAUUCUGUGCUCAGGUAUAUUGCCAUAGAGCUCUUAAAGGAUUUUAGAUUGAAUGAAGAUUUGACUGUGUCCCUGAGGUUAUUCCACAAUUGCGGUGCUGUGUAGGAAAAUAAGGAUCACACCACUUUUUAUUGUAUUGUGCUAAAUAAAGUGCUAGUACUGGAUCGGAGAUUAUAGGUGUAACAGAUUCCUGUUCCUAAAUUACUACUUUUCACUGCCUGGAUCGGUAUAUGAACCUCACUGAACAGAUUGCCCCAUUUGGGUUUGUAUGCCGAAUAAAGUACCGAACACAUGGACCACCCAGAACAGUCAUGUGCCGCUCGUUAAACCACUUGACCUCACUAACACUUUCACAAACUGCAAUCACUUCAACGUUCUAAGUGGACGGCUGGGUGGACGUCGUACGUAUGAACGAACACGAGGCGGUGGCCAUCUUGUUGGGUUUUUGGUCGUCGAGUGUAUGGAACUAUCGGACACUCGAUGACGUGAACACUGCUGGGACUUCCAAUUCCACCUAUGUUCAUUUCCAUUCGUCUGGGAGGAGCAGCAUUCGGGUGGAGCACACCCACAAACAAGAUACCUAAGAUGAGUGUACACACAAACAGUUUAUUCACCUAUAUUGUUAUAUUCUGGAACUCUUUUCGGCAGGUACCUCGUGUGCAGUCCAUCUAAACUAUACCCCGGUGGCGAUUUGGCUACGUUCGUGGGAUCUGAGCGCUUUUCGGAUAUGUUGGGUACUCAGAUCCAGACUAUCCAGGGAUAUAGUACUUGAUGGGGUACCUCACUGUUAAAGUGGUGUUUUGGGGGGUUAUUCCUAUAUUUGUCCUGGACCUGA